UAAUUAACCCUUUCAUUAUGACAAUCCGUGUCAAGCGACUAAAAUAAUCCAAAAUUUGUUUAUAUCCUAAUUAAUGUGUAAUUACUUUAACAGUAAAAUCUGGUUUUUGGUGACAGUGGUGUUAUUACUGAUUGCGGGCGUAUUACUCUUAUGUCUGGCAGUCAUUCUGGUGGUGAACAACAAUGUGCUCCAAAGAGCGACCCCUUCGUCGUUCAAAAUAGGGCUGCCCUUUAUCACGGUUGUUAUCGCGGGGGUUUUAAUGUUCGUCGUCACUUGGUUCGGCUUUAAUGGGGCCCUUAAGGUCAACAUCUCCGCACUCAGAUUGUUUAUGUUAGUUGCAGCUUUCCUAAUCAUCAUAGAAAUAACUUGUCUCGCCUGGAGUACAAUUUCGGCGAAUAGCGACGGCACGAAGCAGCACGUGGAAGAACAUAUAAAGAAUAUUUUUUUAAAGAACAGAAAUCAGACUGUAAGGAAAAGGUUGUCUUUGAAGAAGUCGACGAAUGUAAAGGAGAAUGAUGAGUGUCGUUUUGCAGAUACUACCGUAAUUGAUUCGAUCCAAUAUCAGUUUAGCUGUUGCGGCACCGAGAACUCUACAUAUUGGAUCAUCAAAAAUGAAAGUUAUAUCCCGGAUAGUUGCUUUCCAAAACGUAAUAGACGACUACCCCAGCACGAAGAAGGUUGCUAUGAUGGCGUUCGGUAUUUUUACAUACUAUGGGCCUUGGCAACGUCGAUUAUACUUGGCAUCGCCAUGCUUCUUGAGAUUGCAGGUAUGACAUUAGCGUUCAGACUAUGGUCGGGGAUACUGAACGGAGAACAUGAAGAAGAAUAUUACGACUCCUCUUCUAACGAUGAAGACGAUCCGAAUGGUAUCUCAUCGAAACGGAUACCGAAUAUCUCAUCAAUUUCUUAUACGAUGUAUCAAAUGUAGAUGGAAUUUUAAGUAUGAAUAAAGCGUUUUAUAAGA